AUGGCAGUGUUCUCCAAACAACAGCACGGGGAGGAAGAGGGCCUGAUUGAAGAGGAAUAUCAAGGUCGGAGGCAAGGUCAGAAAUCCCGAAAAUGGAUUGCGUUGACCGCCAUGUCGGUGCUGGGCCUUUUCGCCCUGGCUAUGUACUCCGUGCCUGGAAUUCAGUGCAACAGCCCCUCGCAUGCCACCCAGUCUGAGCUACCUGUGACUUCCACCCUUGACAAGUCAAAGAGGUCAUCGCAACACGGAAACAAUGACAAACAAGAUUGCAAUACUGUCGAGGACGGUUACCAAUGCAACUCUGAGCUCACGCACAAGUGGGGCCAGUAUUCGCCCUAUUUCUCUGUUGCGGACGAAUCGCCCGUUUCAGAUGAGGCGGUACCCAAAGACUGUGAGAUCACCUUUGCCCAAGUGAUCUCCCGUCAUGGUGCUCGAUUCCCAUCGGCGAACAAGAGCAAGGCAUAUGCCAAGCUCCUCAACGCCAUCCAUGCGAACGCGACUGCAUACACUGGUAAGACCAAAUUCCUGAGCUCAUACGAAUACACCAUGGGCAGCGAUGAUUUGGUACCCUUCGGAGAGAACCAGUUGUUGAACUCGGGAAUCAAGUUCUACCAGCGCUACCAGGCGUUGGCCAAGAAAGCUGUGCCCUUCAUUCGCUCAGCUGAGUCGGAGCGGGUUAUCGCUUCGGGAGAGAAGUUCAUCGAGGGCUUCAAGCAGGCAAAGUUGCAGGACAAAAAGGCCGACCACAAGCAGCCAGCCCCCAAGAUCAGUGUUCUCAUCUCAGAAGAAGUUGGCGCCAACAACACUCUGAACCACAACACCUGUCCCAAGUUCGAGGACGACGUACUGGGCGAUGAGGUCGAAGAAAAAUACAUGGCAGUCUUUGUGCCGCCCAUCAAAUCCCGUAUCGAGGCUGAUCUCCCUGGCGUUAAACUCACAGAUACUGAUGUGAUCAGUCUGAUGGACCUUUGUCCUUUCGAGACAGUGACUCUGACUGAAGAUGCAUCCAAGCUAUCUCCAUUCUGCGACCUCUUCACCCAAGCCGAAUGGAACCAAUACGACUACCUGCAGUCAGUGAGCAAAUACUACGGUUAUGGCGCAGGCAAUCCCCUUGGCCCAACCCAGGGUGUCGGUUUCGUGAACGAACUAAUCGCUCGACUCACCAAAACCCCAGUGAACGACCACACAAGCACAAACAGCACACUUGAUGCCCCCGGCGCUCCGACAUUCCCCCUCAACUACAACAUGUACGCAGACUUCUCCCACGACAACGGAAUGCUUCCGAUCUACUUUGCUAUGGGGCUGUACAACGGCACCGCUCCACUUCCGCUUGACCACCUCCAGACUCCCAAGGGAGCGGACGGAUAUUCAUCUGCCAAGACGAUUAGCUUCGGUGCUCGUGCUUAUAUCGAGAUGAUGCAAUGUGGCAAGGAGCCGGAGCCGCUCGUGCGAGUCCUCGUUAAUGACCGCGUUGUUCCGCUGCACGGCUGCAAGGUGGAUAAACUCGGCCGUUGUCGCCGUAGUGAUUUCGUGAAGGGGCUUUCUUAUGCACGCGCUGGAGGUGACUGGGCCAAGUGUUAUAAAUAG